GUGCACGGUCAACCUUGCAUUCGGCAACAUCCAGUGGGGGUGACAAUCGUAUGGUUCAUUCCAUGUCAAUGGUCUUUGUUCGCUGGAUCCACGAUUGUGACUGAACCCGUCCGUAUGGGUGCAGAACGAAGACAAAGAACAACCCUUCAAUAACCUCAUGGAAACGCAGCCGAAGUUGACUCACCACAUGUCACUUCGAGUCUCGUCUGUUUGUGUUUCUUGUCUUGUAAUAGCCGCUGAUAUAGACACGCUUGGUCUUGGCUGCUCGGAAUCACCUCUUCAACAUACCGAUCACACGCAACCAACCACUCUUCCUUCGAAACCAUGUGUUACUACAAUACCUACUUCUUUCUUGGAUGUGGGCACGUCUCUUACUCCAGCAAGCCAGUCGCGAGGUCGCGGUGCCCUAGUCUAGCUUCCGCAGCAGGCCUUGCCACGCCGCCUACCUGUACAGACAGAUUCAACCACCCACUCCACACGUUUGGCAUUGACAAACUGUGUCCGGCGUGCAAAGACGAGCGCGACGCACGGGUCGACCUCUUCACAGCACAUAUUGGAGACGACAUCGAGGGCAGAAUACUCACUAAAUCUGCAGAGAGGAAUGAGCGCGGUUCAGACGGUAGAAGGAGACUUCUCCGCGCAUCGACAACGUUGGCCAUGAUGAUGGAGCCGCCGCUACCAGAGAUCAAAGAGUCCAACAAUAGACUCAGCGUAUUGUCGAGGUCGAGCGAAGUCAGGAAAGUCGUCGAUGGAUUUCGAGGUGCGGUGGGAUGGGAUCAGGCUGGGUCAAGCUUUUUAUCACCAAGGGAUGUAGCUCCAUCAAGUCAUGUGGAGGAAAUUGAGAGGCCGCCGACGAGGCUUUCAUUCCUGGCUCUGGCUGCCGAAGAGAAUAUUGUCAGUCAGACGUAGCGUUGGAGACGCUGCAGAGUUAGCUGAUGCAUAAGCGAUGGCGCAACGAAGCAGCCGUUCCGCUUUCAGCUUUCAUUGUUCGCGGUGACUUCACCUUGCAUCAUCGCCACUUGACACGCCAUGAACAUUGAAAAUAGGACAUCAAGGCCUAUAGACGAUGCUUAUUUGCAACAUCUCAUUCAUGGGACUUCGUUGAUGGAACUUCGAUGGAAGAGAGGCUGUUGUCCUCGUAGAUUGUCAGCAAUAACACUAAACCUAAAACGGACAUCAGUCUU